UUCUAUAGGUCUACAUUGCUUGUUGAGUUAACCUAAACAAAUCUUGAUAAGCACUCAAAGAACAAAAAGAGCUUCAAACUCUUAACACCAAACCAAGCCCCUUUACUUCCAAAUUCACAACCACUUCUCAACAAAACAACAUUCUUCUUCUUCCAUCAACCAUGUCUCUUCAACCUCCACCACAACAACCUGUUCAAGUCUACCCAACCGCAGUCACAAACCAACCAUCUUCUCAUCAUUCAAACGGAAACUAUGGUCCGGUUUUCAUCGUCCUCGCAAUACUACUAGUCAUUUCAGUUAUCGGUUGCUUCCUCGGACGCUUAUGUAACCGACGCAAACAUAAUAGCAACAAUAAUCAAGACCGUCCACGCGACGCUCCUUUGAGACGGCCGGUUAAGCCGAGUAGGCAGCAGCAGAUUCAUGAUUUGCAAUCAAGAGAAGAAGAGGAUGUUGAACUUGGUGGGAUUGAUAAAAGAAGGCCUCCGCAGAUAAUUACAAGACCUAGAGUUGUUGCUUUUGAACCAGAAGGUAGAGGUUUUCAGCCACAUGGAAAUGAUAAUGGUGGUAACGGUAACGGUAACGUGCGUGAUUUUGACAUGAAAUCUGAUCAUGAAGGUGAUCAUCAGUUUAGAUCAGGUUUAAGACAAUGAUAUGAAACUAUCUAUAUACAAUCUCUAGUAACUUAAUUAUUAUAAGUAAAUAUUCACUUUUUAAUUUUAUUAGAUAAUUAAUAUAUUAUAUAUAAAUUUGAUAUAUUAGUUA